AUUAUCAAAUAGACAAUGAUUAUCAAUUGUACCACCUUAUGGAGUACGAGGAAAAAGAAAACGUCGUAACAGUAUUUGCGAUGAACAUGUUAAAAAUAUUUGAAGACUUUAAUGUAGCAUCUGAAUAUUCAUCAAAUUUUUCAUGGAUAGAUUUUCGUAAGAAAUUAACACAUUACCGAUCAGAAGAUGAAUUGUCGCCAUUUUGCCCAAGUUCGAUUUUAAAUACCAUAGAAAAUAAGUUUCGAACGAUCGAAAAUAUAAUUAAUUAUUAUUUUAACUUCAAAAUAAGUAUUUACCUUCAUGACCUUGAAGAUUUAUGUACAUUUGCAACGAAUAGUACAAUAUUUUUUCAGAAAUCGUAUUAUUAUGACUUGACUUCGCUAUUUGAUACUCUUAUAAAUGAAAUUCAGAAGUGGAAUAUAAUAAGUAACACAGAUCCUCAUUGCGAUUCGAUUAUUGAAUUAUUACCAGAUUUACAUGGAUUAUUUAAGGAAAUAAUGAAAGUAUAUAUUCAAGGAUUUUUAUUUCUAUUGUCUUCAUUGAGUUUAGAAUUAAAAUGUGCAAGUAAAUCUGAAAUUAAUGGCAUGUUGAUGAAUGAGAGAAAAAAAUUUCUAAUUAAUGCAAUAAAAUUAAUGAAUGUGACUCAACAUCAUUUAGAAAGUUUGCCACAAAAUAUAUAUUUAUGUGAUACCAAUAACCAUGUACGAGAUUUGACCUUUGUUGAAUUAGAACGAAUGGUUCAAGUUGUCUUUGUUAAUGAAUACUACAUAAAUGAAGAAAACAGCUGUGCACACAAUUGUAAUACGACAGAAAUGAAUGUGAAAUCUGAUAUUAAAGCAAAGUGUAUGGAAUUUGAUUGUUUUUACAUAGGCGAUAAAGUAGAUGUUUGUGAGUUGUGGGACGAUGUGAAAAAUAUUCAAUGGUUUAAAGAUGAGAAUGAUUUUGUAUUUGGUAAUAAUACUAACUGCCCAGGAGUAAUGAAGACAUUAAGCAGUUGGUAUCACUUUCAGACAGCUCGCUAUUGUGAUUAUUGUUUAUGUUUUUGUAAGAUGAAUCAACUCAAUGGAUUUUCAGUCACUGCAAUAAGCUUUAGAGAUCAAUUGUCAGACAUUAACAAUAACAAGGUUGUUGUUGGUGUCAAAUUUAUAAAAAAAGAUGGUAUGAUUCAUAUUCAGAUAAAAGAAAGUAAGCUUUUACCAGAUGGAAAAGUAGACAUGAAUAAUGCAUCAUGGAAACCACUUGGCAAUCAUUCGAAUUUAGAUGAAUUUGCUGCAAACUUAGAUCAUAAAAAAGAUUUUAAUGGAUUAAUAGCGGGGAGAGAUUUCGGAUACUCAGACAAGUUAAAUUUGGAUGAUGUAGUUGUUGCAGAAGAUUAUGUCAUUACAGGGGUUAGAUUUCGGUUUGCCGGAGAUUCACUUGAGAAUCCAAUGCUUACCGAUGGUCCGAUUGAACUACAAAUAAAAGUAACGUUAUUUAAUUAUGAUGUGGGAGAAUUGUAUGAUGUUAGUUCUUGGGUUACACCAAAAAAUCAAGCCCACAGAAACGAACUAAAGCUAGAACGUCCUGAUGACCCAGUAAGAUCUCCAAAAAAUUAUCCAAAUUUAGAUGAUAAUCUAUUUGUUAGAUUUACAUUAUCGGAUAUGAAAAAAGAUGCCUCUCAGACAGUCGUGCCUUUUUUCGAUGCUCGUCCGGUAGAAAAUAAGCUUCCGUUUCCGCUAAGAGGAAUUGGACUUUUUCAUCGAGGUAAUGAAGGAUACGGAGGAUUUAUUUCUUUUAAAAUUUUCAUUGUAAACCCAUCUCAGUACAUGAAUUCUAUGUUGAAUACUGUUGAAAGUACAACUAAAGAAAGUGAAUAUUUCGAAUAAAUCAUUUUCAUCUUUGUCAAAAUAAUUCACCAAUACAUACAAGAAUAAUAAUUUAAAAAAUGUAAACUAUUUCAUCACACGUUUCUACAACAUAAAUAAUAGUAAAAAUAUAAAAUGUGAUAAUUUUAUUGUUAAAGUUUGGUUGUAAAUGAAUGUUGAAUAUUAAACAUAUUCUUUGUUGGAUUCUCUGUACA